AUGUUGUCUGGUGGAAGGAGUGCGUUUUUGUGCCUUGGGAUCAUCUUGAGCUUUUGGAGCUCUGCGAGUUGGAUGCCUGUUGGAGGAUGUCCGCAUAAAUGUACAUGUAUUGCUUCCAACGUGGAUUGUCAUGGACUAGGACUCAAAACUGUACCGAGGGAUAUUCCCAGGAAUGCAGAGAGACUUGAUCUAGAAAAAAAUAAUAUCACAAGAAUCACGAAGACGGACUUCACAGGACUGAAGAAUCUCCGUGUCUUGCACUUGGAAGAAAAUCAGAUUAGUGUGAUAGAACGUGGAGCAUUUCAAGAUCUAAAACAACUUGAACGGCUACGUCUGAACAAGAAUAAAUUGCAAGUUCUUCCAGAGCUGCUUUUUCAGAACACACAGAAGUUGACUAGAUUAGACCUGAGUGAAAACCAGAUAAAAGGAAUCCCUAGAAAGGCCUUUCGAGGAAUCAUUGAUGUGAAGAACUUGCAACUGGACAACAACCAGAUCAGCUGCAUCGAAGAUGGAGCCUUCCGAGCCCUGCGCGACCUGGAGAUCCUCACUCUCAACAAUAACAACAUCACCCGCAUUCCUGUCACCAGUUUCAAUCACAUGCCGAAGAUCAGGACUCUGCGGCUUCACUCCAACUUCCUGCACUGCGACUGCCACCUGGCCUGGCUGUCCGACUGGCUGCGGCAGAGACGCACCAUCGGGCAGUUCACCUUCUGCUUGGCACCCGUGAGCCUGAGGGGCUUCCUUGUGGCAGAGGUUCAGAAGAAGGACUUUGUCUGCUCUGGUCCCCAGUCUGAACCUCCGUCAUGCAGUGCCAGUUCCAUCACUUGCCCAUCUGCCUGCACCUGCAGCAACAAUGUAGUGGAUUGUCGAGGAAGGGGCUUAACCGAGAUUCCAGCUAACCUACCAGAGGACAUUUGGGAAAUACGUUUGGAACAAAACCUCAUCAAGGUCAUUCCCCCUGGAGCUUUUACCCAGUACAAGAAGCUUAAAAGAAUAGACAUCAGCAAGAAUCAAAUAUCUGACAUUGCACCUGAUGCAUUCAAAGGCUUGAAAUCUCUCAUUUCAUUAGUGCUCUAUGGAAACAAGAUCACAGAGAUCCCCCAGGGCCUUUUUGACGAUCUUGUGUCUCUGCAGCUGCUGCUUCUCAAUGCCAAUAAGAUCAACUGCCUGAGGGUAAACACGUUCCAAGGUCUGCAUAAUCUCAAACUGCUAUCUCUUUAUGACAACAAACUGCAGACCAUCAGCAAGGGGCUUUUUGCACCUCUCCGAUCGAUACAGACUCUACAUUUAGCUCAGAAUCCAUUUGUGUGCGACUGCCAUUUGAAGUGGCUGGCUGAUUACCUGCAGGAUAAUCCGAUAGAAACCAGCGGCGCUCGGUGCAGCAACCCGCGUCGCCUUGCCAACAAGAGGAUCAGCCAGAUCAAGAGCAAGAAGUUCCGCUGCUCAGGGUCAGAGGAUUACAGAAGUAAAUUCACCGGGAAGUGUUUCAUGGACCUUGUCUGUCCUGAGAAGUGUCGCUGCGAGGGAACGAUCGUAGACUGCUCUAACCAGAAACUCACACGCUUACCCAGUCACCUUCCUGAAUAUACCACUGAUCUGCGUUUGAAUGAAAAUGAUAUUUCUGUUUUGGAAGCUAUUGGACUCUUCAAGAAGUUGCCUAACCUCAGGAAAAUAAAUCUAAGCAACAAUAAGAUCAAGGAGAUUCGAGAAGGCACAUUUGAUGGAGCUUCAGGAGUGCAGGAACUGAUUCUGACAGAGAAUCAACUGGAAUCGGUGCAUGGACGAAUGUUUAGAGGCCUCACAGGGCUAAAAACAUUGAUGCUGAGGAGCAACUCUAUCAGCUGUAUAAACAAUGACACCUUUGCUGGACUGAGCUCAGUGAGGCUUCUGUCUCUGUAUGACAAUCACAUCAGCACUAUCACCCCUGGAGCCUUCAGCACAUUAGUCUCUUUGUCUACAAUUAAUUUGCUGGCUAACUCCUUUAAUUGUAACUGCCAUUUGGCCUGGCUGGGAAAAUGGUUGAGGAAGAAGAGAAUUGUCAGUGGAAACCCACGCUGUUUGAAACCAUUUUUCUUAAAGGAUAUUCCAAUCCAAGAUGUAGAUGUCCAGGACUUCACCUGUGAUGGUAAUGAUGAAAGCAGCUGUUUGCUUUCCCCUCCUUGUCCUUCCCAGUGCACCUGUGUAGACUCAGUGGUACGUUGCAGCAACAAAGGGCUGAGGAUUCUGCCCAAAGGAAUUCCCAAGGAUGUGACUGAGCUAUACCUGGAAGGAAACCAUCUGACUGCUGUGCCAAAGGGGCUCUCCACCUUCAGACACCUGACACUGAUUGAUUUGAGCAACAACAGCAUAAGUGUACUGGCCAAUUACACCUUCAGCAACAUGACUCAGUUAUCAACACUCAUCCUGAGUUACAACAGACUUCGAUGCAUUCCUGUCCACGCCUUCAACGGGCUCCGGUCUCUUCGAGUGCUGACACUCCAUGGAAAUGAUAUUUCCAGUGUUCCUGAAGGUUCUUUCAAUGACCUGGUAUCCCUGUCCCAUCUGGCUCUAGGUACCAACCCUCUGCACUGUGACUGCAACCUCCGCUGGCUCUCUGAGUGGGUGAAGGCAGGCUACAAAGAGCCCGGGAUAGCGCGCUGCAGCGGGCCCGACGCCAUGCAGGACAGGCUGCUGCUCACAACACCCACUCACCACUUCCAGUGCAAAGAGCCAGUGGAUAUCACUGUUGUGUCCAAGUGCAACCCCUGCCUCUCCAGUCCCUGCAAGAACAAUGGGACGUGCAGCAAUGAUCCAAUGGAGUUUUAUCAAUGCACUUGUCCUUUUGGCUUCAAGGGUCGAGACUGCAGUGUGCCCAUUAAUUCUUGCAUCCAAAACCCAUGUCAGAAUGGAGGGACCUGCCACCUCACCGAGGCAAACAAAGAUGGAUUCAGCUGUUCCUGUGUCCUUGGAUAUGAAGGGGAGAGGUGUGAAAUAAACCCAGAUGACUGUGAAGAUAAUGACUGCGAGAAUAACUCUACAUGUGUGGAUGGCAUCAACAACUAUGUCUGCCUCUGCCCUCCUAAUUAUACAGGUGAACUGUGUGAUGAGGUGAUUAACCACUGUGUUCCUGAGCUAAAUCCAUGUCAACAUGAGUCCAAAUGUCUUCCCCUUGACAAAGGAACCAGAUGUGAGUGCUUGCCAGGUUACAGUGGAAAACACUGUGAAACAGAUGAUGACGACUGUGUGGGCCAUAAAUGUCGCCAUGGAGCUGCCUGCGUCGAUGCCGUCAAUGGCUACACCUGCAUCUGUCCUCAGGGCUUCAGUGGACUUUUCUGUGAAACUCCUCCACCCAUGGUUCUGCUCCAGACAAGCCCAUGUGAUAACUACGAGUGCCAGAACGGGGCCCAGUGCAUCGUGGCGCACCAGGAGCCCGUCUGCCGCUGCCUUGCUGGCUUUGCUGGGCAGAAGUGCGAGAAGCUCAUCACAGUCAACUUUGUUGGGAAGGAUUCCUAUGUGGAGCUGCCAUCAGCCAAAAUUCGCUCCCAGGCAAACAUCUCCCUCCAGGUAGCAACAGACAAGGACAAUGGGAUCUUAUUAUACAAAGGAGACAACGAUCCUUUGGCUCUGGAGUUGUACCAAGGACACGUGAGGCUCAUCUACGACACGCUGAACUCUCCACCUACCACAGUAUACAGUGUGGAAACAGUGAAUGAUGGGCAGUUUCAUAGUGUGGAACUCGUGAUGCUGAAUCAAACUCUGAAUCUGGUGGUGGACAAGGGGACUCCCAAGAGCCUAGGAAAACUCCAGAAACAGCCAUCUGCCAGCCUCAACACACCCCUCUACAUUGGAGGGAUCCCGACCUCUACUGGAUUAUCUUCCAUGCGCCAGGGUGCAGAUAAGACACCGAGUGGUUUCCAUGGAUGUAUUCACGAUGUCCGCAUCAACAACGAGCUGCAGGAUUUCAAGGAUUUACCACAGCAGUCACUGGGAGUUCUCCCUGGCUGCAAAUCCUGUAACAUCUGCAAGCACGGUAUUUGCCGGUCUCUAGAGAAAACAAGUGUGAUUUGUGAAUGUCACCCAGGCUGGACGGGCCCCCUGUGUGACCAGGAGAUUGGAGACCCAUGUCUUAACCACAAGUGUCUGCAUGGCAAGUGCAUGGCGGCCAACGUUGCUUACACCUGCAAGUGCACGGAGGGCUACACAGGCACAUACUGUGACAAGAAGAACAAUUCCUCAAGUCCCUGCAGGCUUUUGAAAUGCAACCACGGGCAGUGUAAGGUCUCAGAGCACGGGGAAGCCUCCUGCGAGUGCGAUCCCAACUACAGCGGGGAGCAGUGCGACAGAGAGAAUCUCUGCCAAGGAGAGAUCAUUCGAGAAGUCGUCCGCAAGCAGCAGGGCUACACCUCCUGUGCCACUGCCUCCAAGGUACCCCGCCUGGAAUGCCGCGGGAGCUGCGGCAGCGGGCAGUGCUGCGUCCCCCUGCGCAGCAAAAGGCGGAAAUACUUCUUCCAGUGUGUGGAUGGCUCCACCUUCACGGAAGAACUGGAGAGACACGUGGAAUGCGGCUGCUCGAAAUGCUUAUAAAGCCAUUCUCCAGUCUCCUGCCACUUUAAUCGCUAUCAAAACGGGACCUAUUUACUUUCAGAGUGAAGAAGAAGAAAAGAAUUAUUAAGUAUAUUGUAAAAUAAACGAAAAAUAGAACUUAUUUUUAUUAUGGAAAGUGACUAUUUUCAUCUUUUAUUAUAUAAAGUAUCGCACCACUUUGGGUAUAUGUAUCAUAUAGUGAGUUAUUUUUACCAUGAAACUUUUUUAACAGUUGUAA